AUGCCCAAAGUCGUUAUUAUCUCUUCCGACGAGGAGAAGUUUCCUGUUGAUGUCGAAGUCGCCACGAAGUCUGUUCUCAUCAAGAACAUGAUCUCAGACUUGAAGCCUGACUUGGAUGAGGACGACGAGGAUUUUGAAAUCCCAACGCCCAACGUCAGAGCCAAUGUUUUGGCCAAGGUUUUGGAAUGGUGUGAGCACCACAAGAACACAGUCUUUCCUGAUGACGACGACGAAGAUGCCAGAAAGUCUGCCCCUGUUCACUCGUGGGACAGAAACUUCUUGAAAGUCGACCAGGAGAUGUUGUACGAGAUUAUUUUAGCGGCCAACUACUUGAACAUCAGGCCCCUUUUGGAUGCUGGUUGUAAGAUUAUUGCCGAGAUGAUCAAGCACAAGUCGCCAGAGGAGUUGAGAAAGACGUUCAACAUCGUGAACGACUUCAGCCCAGAGGAGGAGGCCGCAAUUAGAAAAGAGAACGAGUGGGCCGAGGACAGAUAG